CGUUAUUGUUUAUUUGGUUAUCGAUUAUUUUUCUCUUCUUCUUCCUUUUUUAAGUCACAAUAGACAUUGAAGUGUCAAAAUAAGUGAAAAGUAAAUAAAGAAAAGCGGCAAAACUAAAAUGGAUCCGAGCCUUUUAUUUUAUUUAAGCUAUAGCGAAAGCGAAAAUGAUGUAAGAGUUGUGCGUAAGCAACUUCGGGACAGAAGCAAUCCAUUGGCAUUAUCCAACAACGCAGAAUUCAUCAAAAGAUUUCGGUUAAGCAAGGAGGCAUUCCAGUAUGUUUUAUCGAAAAUAAAAAUAAACUGCCAUGACACAAAAGCCGUUCUUGCUGUUUUGCAAUUGGCUGCAAGUCUCUCGCUCCUUGCAAGUGGUGGCUAUCAGCACACAGUUGGUAGUGAUUACCUGAUAGGUAUGUGCCAGAGCACGGUAUCAAAAUUUACGUCCAACGUCUUAAAAGAAAUGGAAAGCAAAUUAUGUCCGGAAUUUAUAAAGUUCCAGCCGAACGAAUCUUCGAGAUCUAAGGAGUGGUUUUCGGAAAAAUAUAAAAUACCUGGAGUGGUUGGAUGCGUAGACGGAACACACAUUGGAUUACAAAAGCCAAUUAGAGACGAGCACAUGUACUUCAACAGGAAAGGUUACCAUAGUCUUAACGUUAUGCUAAUUUGUGACCACACUUGCAAGAUUCUUGCAAUAAAUUGUCAAUAUGGAGGUGCAGUCAUGACUCUACGCAUACUUCCAGUCCUGCUGCUUCCCCAAGGAACUCCUCAGCUGCAGUUAAAACCUUUUCCUGAAAAGGUCCACCACCUGUCCGUCGUUUGGAAGCCUUGUUAAAAGAAAGCUUCCUCUUUGCGUUGUAUUUCUGAUCAGCGAAAACCUAGAUUAAAAGAAAGUUCGUUCAUGUUUACUUUCAUUAAAAAUAUCAAAACCUACUUUCUUGCACAUCCUUGAUUGGCGGCCGUACAACAUUUAAUUGUUUGGUGAGGUUUUCCUACAAACGGUUGGCCGUUGCUUUUCCCUGCAAGCAGUUUGGGAGUAAAUUCUUUGCCAAGUCAGAGUGUUCGGCCAUGAACUCCGCCAUGAGUUCCUUCUGCGUAGAGUUUAAUUUAUUGUAGUUGGUCCUAAUAUAAAAAAUAGCUAUAAAGUGUAUAUGUUUGGACAAAUUUUAUAAUUACUUACAUUCUUCAAAAAAUGUUAUCAAAUUUUGCGCGCGUACGUUCGUCAAAUAUUAAUCGAAUGACAGUUCGAACGAACGAGUACGUUCACUCGCUCGUUCACGCCUGUCAUAAUACCGAAUUACGAUAUGAGAAGUUCGUUCACGUCUGUCAAAAUCCGAUUUUGUCCUUUUUACGUGACGAAUUGCUCGUUCACGACUGUUACGAUUCGAGCCCAGACUUCUACUAAGUAGUUUCGAAUUAGUUUACGAUAUAGCAA